UCCCCGUAGGAACGUAAAUAUCAGCGUACUAAGAAAUGUGAGAAGGCUAAUCGAACAGCUAAUUACAUGAAACGGAGAAAGUUUCCUUUUCAGCCGAUCACAUGGGUUGGAUCUUCAGCCUCAACAAGACAUGAAGCUCGUGGUAUCACACUUCAGAUCCCAUAUUAUGAAGCACAGUAACUAGAGAGGUGUCACUGGCUUUGCCUCCUUCUUCUGUCUUUCUGUCUGUUGAUAUGGUACAAUCAUAUGACCAGAUUUGGGUUUGUCAUCAAGCGGGGUCUUCGUGGUUACGUGAGGGUUCCAUCGAGCAGUUACUCGAGUUCAUAUUCGCUAAAGUUCCGUUGCGGAAGUUGUGCCAUAGUGUCCAGUUCAGGACAGAUGCUGGGUGGUAAGCGGGGUCAUGAGAUUGACAGACAGGAUUGCGUGAUUCGCAUGAACGCAGCGCCCACAGUGGGAUACGAGGCCGAUGUGGGGAGCAAGACCAGUCUGCGUGUCGUCUCGCACACCAGCGUGCCACACCUGGUACGCCAGCAGGGGUUUUUCUUCGAUAAAGAGGCGGACACUCGAUACGUCGUGUGGGGACCCGAGAUAAACAUGAGGCAGGAUGGAAAGGGAAAGGUUUUCAACAUGCUGGUGAAGCUGGCAAGGGCGUACCCUCAUACCCAAAUCUACACUGUUACUAGAGAAAAGAUUCAGUACUGUGAUGACGUGUUUCAAAAUGAAACUGGGAAAAACAGGAUGAAAUCAGGAGCAUACCUCAGUACUGGGUUUUUCACUAUGAUUUUAGCUCUGGAGGCGUGUGACAGUACUCUGGUUUAUGGCAUGAUUGACGGCUCUUACUGCAGUCAAGCCAACCGCUCAUCUGUACCAUACCACUACUAUGAGGUGUCCCGUCUGGACGAGUGUCGCAUGUACCACGCUCAUGAGCAUGCUAAAAGGGGUGGCCAUCGCUUUAUCACAGAGAAAGAGAUUUACAGACGCUGGGCAUCGCAGGGCAAACUGCACUUUGUUUAUCCAUCCUGGUGAACACGAAAGCGUCAAGAACGAUAGUUACAGGCAAAUCUGCUUUUUUAGGGUUUAUGUGAAAUUUUAAAGAACUAUUUAUUUCCUAUAGUAGAAGUUUAUGCUAUUUUUAUUUUACUUCUAGCGCUGUCAGCAUGAUUUGGACUCAUGCUCCUCUGGAAUUUUGUGUGGUCCAAUUUUAUUUCUUUUAUUUUCUGCACAAUUUUUAUAUAAGGAGCCUUUUGCAUUUCAAUGCUUUAUCAUAUUGUCAAUUGUGUCAAUUUAAUUGUUUGUCGAUCUGUUUUGCAUUAUACAAAUGCAUUUGUAUAUUAUUUUAAUACAAAACCACAUGAACCUCCUGAUCUAAUUUUAAUGUUUAAACUUAAUAACAAUAUUAUUUACAUAAUCAUGUAAUACUAUUGCUAGUGAAAUGGUAUUUUACUACAUUACAUCACAUGAUACUGCUUAUAAAACAUAAAGAACUGACUGCUGUCCCUCAAUGGAAACCAAGAGAUUUAAAGCUUUAUCUUUGCACUUAAAAAUAAUACAUUAGUGCGUUUACAGCAUGCUAGACUUCUGCUGUGAUCAUUGACAUAUAAAAUGCUGUUUAUAGUCCAAAAAAUACAAUUCAUGCUCAGAUGUUGCACAGUGAUAUAAAAAUUAUAAUCCGUUUUUAAAAACAGCCCACUUGACAUCAAAUGCCUUAUACUUUUGCCUAGGUUGCACUUUUUUUAUUUAAUUUAAAUAUUUUGCUUUUAGUGUGUGUUUAUAGAGAAAUUGCUUGAGUUUGACUAAAUAUUUGCUGUGGUGUCAGUACUUUCUUGAUCGUUUGAACAAUUAUUGAAUGUGUCUACAAAACCUGUUUCCACUAUUUCAUUGCAUUUUUCUUGCCAUUGUCGCCUUGAGGAUUUGUAAGGCACUAUUCUUUAUGAAGCUGCUUUGAAGAUAGAUGGUGCAUUUUAAUCCCCUGUGGGGAAAUUGGUUUGCAGGAUCAUCUUAACAUUACCAUACAAUACAAAAAUAUGUGAUAUGUACACUGGAAGGUCUUUUAACUGUAUUGUAAAAACCUAUUUUCUGUACAUAUUUGCCUGAAACAUUUCAAGUCAAUGCUUUUUUCUGUUUAAGUUUCUUAUUCAGAUGAAAUCAAAAGCUGCUGUGCUUUGUUUAUGUCUUAACAUUUCUGUAAAGCAACUGUUUUACUGUUACACUGACUAGAUUAUUUUUAGGAUUUUAUGUGUUUUCAGAUGCUUCUCAUGCUUGUUUGUUGUUUUUCUCUGUAACAAAAAAACUACUAAACUACUAAUGAAAAACUACUAAACUGUAAAUGAUAUGAUUUUUAAAUAAAUACAUAAUGAGGUCACAUUUUAA